AUCCCGAAACAACCAAUCAGAAGCCUGCGUUUGUCUACCUAAACAACCAAUCAGAUGACUGCGCUUGUCUAUAAUAAUGUAGUUGAAAGAUGUAUAAAUACGUGUUGAUUUUCAUAAUAAAACGAUCUGUUGCCUGGCCCUUGUCUUCUGUUGUUACAUUUGGUGUCGCUGCCUACCGACAAAUGAAAAGCCUAUACCCUGCAGUUUUUGAUGGAGACAUAUGGAUCUUCGGGCAGGACUUCAAGGCUUCUGCGCAGUUGAGUGGCGUUCAAGAUCUGUCAGCGAUGGAGCUGCUACUUGAGACGCUGCUGGGAGGUCGGGCGAAAGCAGCAUAUGAAGGUGUGGGCCGAAGGAUGGACGAAUGUUCGACAGGGUCAGGCAAACAGUUUCCAAAGUGGGAAGGACCAUAUAUGGUCACUUCGAGAUGGGGUUACGCAGACACAGUCGCAAUGGCGAACAAUGAGAGGCGCGUGAACGUCAGCGAGCUCCAGAAAUGGAUACAGCGAGACAAGCCAACGAUGACGCCUGCACCAAGUAGAUCAAGCCGACUUCAGUCGCACGUAUUUGACGGGGGGACGAGUGUGGUGAGAGCAGGCUGCUAGCCGAUUGGUUGGCACUAAUCUACGUUAAGGUCUAGGUCACUAAUAUGGGCCGUGAGAAAAUAUGAACAAGCCUGAGUCAACAACCAAUCACAGCAAAGUUAACGUGGCAAAAUAUGAUUCGCAGAGAGAACUCUAUUUGUCAAGGAAUCCCGAAACAACCAAUCAGAAGCCUGCGUUUGU